AUGUCGAAAGAUAAUUCACGGGAACUCCUCCUCGUCUUCCUUCCUUUGCCAGAACCAAAGGAAGCAAUUGACUUCAUUCGCCAGCAAUUUUCUACUAUAGAGGUGGCAUUCUUUGAGAUUCCCCCUGGUACAUUGGAGCUCACCGAUGAUAUUAUUCCUUCUGAUUUACUUCAGAGGGUAACCAUUAUGACCACAGCUUUUGGCAUUGUACCGCAUCCCGAUCAAACUCCCCAGCUGAAGUAUUUGCACACUUUCUCGGCUGGUGUGGAUCAUCUGAUCAACCAUCCUAUCUUCCGUGACACUAACAUACGCAUGUCCACAAGCUCAGGGAUCCACGGGCCGCCGAUUGCAGAGUGGGUGGUCAUGAAUUGGCUUGCAUACUCAAGAAUGUAUCCGAGGAUUCUAGAAGCUAGUAGUCAGCAUCGCUGGCUGACAUUGAAGGAAGUAUCUCAAUGGGGGGUUGAUGACAAUGUGGGCCAAACUGUCGGUAUUUUAGGAUAUGGUAGUAUUGGACGCCAAGUUGCUCGCGUUGCAUCUGGUCUGGGUAUGAGAGUCUUGGUAUACACGGCACAACCAAGGCUAACGGCAGAGUCGCGAAAGGAUACUGGAUUUAUAAUCCCAGGGACAGGAGAUCCAGAUGGUCUGAUACCUGAAGCGUGGUAUAGCGGGCGAGACCGAUCAUCACUUCAUAGUUUCUUGGCCCAGGGUUUAGAUCACCUUGUGGUCUCUCUUCCCUUGAACACGGGAACUACCAACCUGAUAGGUAAAGAGGAGUUAGACAUCAUUUCUGCACAUUGCAAGUCCACCACACAGAGGCCCUUCUUAACUAAUAUAUCGCGAGGCAAGGUACUUGACCAGGAUGCCCUGCUAACGGCACUGCAGUCUGGGGCCUUGGGAGGUGCGGCUUUGGACGUGACUGACCCUGAGCCUCUGCCAGUGGAACACCCACUCUGGGAGCAGCCAAAUGUGAACAUCGGUUCACACAUGAGUGCAUUCGGCAAGCGGUAUUGGGCUCGCUCACUAGAGAUUCUACGCCUCAAUUUGGCCCGUAUACGUGAAGGGCAGGAGUUGAUCAACGAGUAUCAUAGGUGUUGA